AUGCUGGCCUUUUUCGACGUCGACAAUGACACCCGCGGGUGGAUCAUGUGCAUCGUCAGUGGCAUCGCCUGCGUCUUUGGUGCCUCGAUAAUAUGCGUCGACGUCAUCGUCCGAAUGCUCCCCGGCAAGCGCAACUUUCGCAUCCAGGACAGCAGCGCGUUCCUCGCAUGCUCCCUGAGCCUCAGUUUCGGUGUCAUGAUGUUCUCCUCCCUCUACAGCAUGCUCCCCGAGUCCAAGGGCUACCUCGAAGAUGACGGCUGGGACCAUCAGUCGGCCGGCUUUCUCAUCAUAGCCUGCUUCAUCUGCGGCUUCCUCGGCAUACAGACCCUCUCGCGCUUCCUGCACCAGUACAUGCCUUCCCACGUCGUCGACUGCGACCACACCCACGAUGACGCCGCCGCCGUCGACGGCCACUCCUGUUCCGGAGCCCGCAGCCGACGUCAUUCCAGGGUCAGUCGCGCUCGCAGACGCGGCUCGGCUGCAUGGCAAUACCACUCCCACACCUACCCUCCCGCCAAGAGGGACGCGGCGGUGCCGGAGAACGGUUCCAGCGCGACCGAGACAACCGCCUUGCUGGACCCGGUGAGGAGCAACCCCGUCGUCCCGCUGUCCAAGGGGCAGCCGUCGUUGGCGACGAGGGGGGAGGAGAUGGCCGAGCAACCUCUGAGCCCCCGAGUGGGGGGUCGGAACCGGCCAACGACAUUGCCGGCCGAUGGCGGCCCUCUCAGGCGCAGGUCGUCCAUGUACGACGUCCAGAAACGCGUCAUGUCCUUUGUCAAGGAUACGAAGUGCAACUGCGACGAGGAAGGCUCCUGUUACGGCUACACCGACCCCUGCGGCCAGGAGUGCUUCAAGCACGUCGCGAACAAGUCUGCCAACGGCACUCGCCACGCGACCGUGCUGCGCACCACCACCGGGCCCUUCUACACCCCCACUGGCUCCGUCUUUCACUUCGCCUCCGACCAUAGCCACACCGAUGGCCUCGAACCCAUCAGCCCGCGCUUCCGCACGAGCCGUGCGACGUCGCGGGAUACCGUCGUGCCCGCCGACGAGUUCGUCCCGGACGAGCAUGUCCAUCUCUCCGUCGACGAGUGCGAGGCCGAAGCGCAGCAGCACCACCAUCACGUCCCCGCCAACGCCUUCCUCUCCAUCGGCCUCCAAACCUCCAUCGCCAUUGCCCUCCACAAGUUCCCCGAGGGCUUCAUCACCUACGCCACCAACCACGCGAACCCGACGCUCGGCUUCAACGUCUUCAUGGCCCUCUUCGUCCACAACAUCACCGAAGGCUUCGCCAUGGCCCUGCCUCUCUACAUGGCCCUCGGCUCCCGCUGGCGGGCCAUGUCCUGGGCCGCCAUCCUCGGUGGCCUCUCCCAACCCUUCGGCGCCGCCAUCGCCGCCCUCUGGUUCAGGCUCGCCAGCAGGACCCACCUCACCCCCAACGCCGUCGCCUACGCCUGCCUCUUCGCCGUCACCGCCGGCAUCAUGGUCAGCGUCGCCCUCCAGCUCUUCGUCGAGAGCCUCAGCCUCAACCACAACCGCAACCUCUGCAUCUUUUUUGGCUUCCUCGGCAUGGCCUUGCUCGGCCUGAGCAACGCCCUUUUCGCCUCACACUGA